CUUGCUUAGUAUUAGGAGGUUCUUAGACCGUACACCUCUCGCCCGCAGCCUCGUCUUUCCCUCGGCCUUGCUCUUAUUCUCCAAAAUGGCUCGUCCUACCAUGUCCAAUAGCCGUUACGCCCUUCCUCCCCUCCUCCUCUUCCUCCUCCUCACUCUCUCACCAUCCUCCAUUUUGUCGCCGAUAAUAUCGCCGUCGCCGGCAACCCUGUCGCCGGUAGCAUUCGCGACAGCCGCGAAAGUCAUAGGAGCGGAGAGAGUGACUUACAAGCACGCGGACCCGGACGAGCACGAGAAAGUAGAAGCCGCGUUAGGCAAGAUUAAAGCACCAGUUCAAGCCUUAACGGAGCCGACGCUGCGCAAGACUAUAGCGGAGCAUUCCCGCGUGCUUGUAGUGUUCUUCAAUAAGGAGGAUAAGGCGUUUCCGUUGCUCGUUGAUGACGUGUCUGGCGCGAAGGAGGAGUUGACUAAGCUCGGUGUGACUGUAGCGAUGGUCGAUGGAGUCGCGGCGGGCGAAAGCGUUCGCGAAGAGUUCAAGGCGUACGGCGAAUUGCCGAAUUUCGUGCUCGUCAGAGAUGGUGCAUUCCGACCGAUCAGAGGUUAUCCUCAGAGCGACGAGCUCAUCACCUUUGUGAAGAAGCGGCUGGGCCUGGCAGUGACUCACCUCUCGGCAUCGGACUCGCACAAGGCGCACUCCCUGCUCUCCGCCUCCAACGCCAUCGCCCUCGCCGUACUUCAUUCCCUCAAGGGUCCUGAGGCAGAGGCUUUCGCAGAAGCUUCUCGCGACAUCGACGAUAUUGAGUUUGUCGCGACUACAGGCGCCAACAUCGCAACGGAAUUCAGGAUUGUGAGCAAGCAGCGGCCGACAGUGGCAGUCAUAAAGAAGGAGGAUGAGAAGUUUGUGGCUUAUGACGGUCCUUUCACCAGCACUGGCAUCGCUGCCUUUGUAACGGCCAACAAGCUGCCUCUGGUUACCACCUAUGACGAGGACAGCCAGUACACUAUCUUCAACAGCGCUAUAAAGAAACAAGUGCUCUUCCUGGCCACACCAGAGACCUAUUCCGAGCAUCUGCCAGUGGUGAAGGAGGCUGCGAGGCGGGUCAAAGGGCUGGCGCUCUUUGUGCAUGUCAACAGCGACCUACCAGACUCAGAGCACGCCCUCGAGUACUUUGGCUUCAAGCACGGCGCCACUGCGAUCAUGGGCAUGGUGUCCAAUGAGACGGAUGAAAUCAAGUUCAAGUUCGACAGGCAACUCACCACGGAUGAUAUCGAGUCCUUUGCUCGUGAGCUUGCUGCAGAUGCCUUGGAGCCCUACUAUCUCUCCGACCCCAUCCCAGAGAAGAACUCUGGCCCGGUGCUCACAGUGGUGGGGAAGACUUUCAAGGAGAUUGUGCUUGACAAGUCAAAGGACGUCAUGCUCAAGGUAGACAUUGACACCUGUGAAGACUGCAUCGCCCUCGACUCCACCUUCAAGAAGCUCGCCCUCAAGUUCGCCACCGUGCCGUCGCUGGCCUUUGCCCGAAUGAACGCGCGCCACAACGAGUACCCUGGCCUGGAUGUCUCAGCCUUCCCCACUCUGCUGUUCUACCCCGCUACGAGAAAGUUCCAUCCGAUCGACACAGAUCUCACUCGCCUCGGCCCCCUGACUGACUUCGUGGUGAGGAAUGCGGCCAUCCCAGUUCAGAUGCCGUCCUCCCAGGUCUCCAAGUCCAAGGAGGAGGUGGAAGAGGAGAAGGAGCUUGGAAGGGAUCUCGAAGCGGCUAAGGCGCCAAAGAAAGGAUCCCAUGAUGAGCUUUAACCAUGCUGAUUCCCUUCCCACUUGCGUAAAUACUUGACGAGGCAGGCUACACUCGUUUGAUAUGCCGGUAAUAUCUAUGCUUCCUAUGUUGGGUAUGGUGUUGCAGACAUGCGCUGCUCUACUAGGAAAACAAAUCGUCAUGAAAAAGGAUGGGUUUUAGGCUCGUGAUUUGCAACUUUGUGCCUACCCAGUGGCUU